UAAUUUUCAAUUGUUUAAUAAUUAAUUGUUAAUAUUAUCAAAAGAAAAUAAUGAUAAGAAAUAAGGUGUGUGGAUGCUCAAAGUAAUAUUUUUACAUUGCGCAUGUGAUCGAUACUGGAAAAACAUUAACAGGAACAAGCAACUGCAACAAACACAUCGUAUACAUAGAAAAAAAAUAAUUUUAUAAAAAUAAAAUAAUAAGAGCAAGUGGGAAAGAAUUAUGUGAGUCACAAGAGAGUGGGGCAUACACACUGUGAAAGGAAAACGAUAAUAAAAAAAAGAAUAUAUACAUAUUAUCAAGAUAUAUGUAUUUUUUUUUAUUCAUUUUUACGAGGAGUGUUUCAGACUUUCAGGCAGUAUGACAAGGAGAUUCAAUGUGUCGACGAUGGCAACUUGAGUGUGUUACAUACGUUGAGAAUUUUCAUCAAAAAAAUCAGACAAAUUGUUAGUGAUCAUCACAGCUGGAUGUUAUUUAUACAAAUUAUUAUUUUUUACUACAACACUGAGAUUUUCUACAUGAUUUGUGGAUUUUUUAAUAAUUGAUAUAAUUUUAUUCGACAGAAAUCCAUUACAUUGAUGGAUAAUUGAAAUUUUUCGAUUGUGAUUUUUGAAUGAAUUGGUUGGAUCAAAGUGUAUGUUGCCAAGACGAAUGAUAUCAACGAGGGCAAAUACUAACACGUGCCAGUGACACAAGAAAAAUAAUACAAAAAAUUAUUUGUUAUUUUGCUGGUUUUUUUAUUGUUGUGACCUACUGUCUACUUUACUGAUACUGAAAUAAAAAAUAUGCAUUAAUUCAUCGACCACAAAUAUAAAUAAAUGGACUAUUAAAAAAAUAAAUAAUUGACACUGCAAAAAGUGAAAUAAAAAAAAUAAAUAAAUAAAUAGAAAUAGAGAAAAAAGUACCUGUAUUAAAGUGUUGAUCGCCAGGCUUCAACUACCAGUUAUUAUUAGCAUCUAAUAUUUAAGUUGAAAAGAAAAAAGUAAAAAAAAAAAAAAAAAGGGAAUACAAUUUGCUUGAGGUGGUUGGUUUUUGUUGAUGGUAUUGGUUGAGUAUAUUUGGUGGGAGAGUAUCUAGCAAGUAUUAAAAAUAGAAAAGAAUGUUUUUGGAAUCCAAUUGGACUUGGUUAACAGAACGAUGGGGCAAUAUGGCCGACUUGGCCGAACGAGUUGACGAUUUAAUAUGCACAUUUGAUUCAUCAGAUGAUUUUACAAUGGAUACAUUAUCAAUGUUAAUAUUUGGUUGGAUGUUAUUUGGUCUAAUAGUAUUGUGUCUUGGUAAAUAUAUUUAUAAUCGUUUUAUAUUGAGUGAUAAAAUUGUUGAUAGUGUAAGUGCAAGUGUUGGAUUAAGAACAUCAAAAGUAACAUCAUCAUCUUCAUCAUCUUCAAAAGAAUAUCAUGGUGUUAUUGGUGGUAGUGGUAGUGUUGGUGGUAUUCAUGGAAUUGGUGAAAGUGUUGUAUCUGCUGGUUCAAUUGCAAGUAAAUUAUUUACAACUGAAAAACCAAUUAAAAUUGCAAUGGCUAAAUCAGCAUCUUCAUUGUCAUCAUCAUCAGGUGUUAUUGGAUCAGGUGGUGUAUCAUCAAGUGGUGUAUAUAUACCACCAACACCACCAGUUAGAAAAAGAAUAACAAGAAAAACAUCUGGACCAUUAUUAAGUCCAGCAAGAAGUUCAAGAACACUUCAUUUACCAGCAGCAACUGGUGCUGAUUGUGAUGCUGUACGUUGGGUCAAUGAGCUUAUUGUAUGGCUACAUUCUGAUUAUGUUAUACUUAAUGAACUUCUUGCUACCUGGGUUAUUUCGUUAAAUGAAUUUGUUGCCAGUUCUGUUGAUGAGCAAGGAGUUGGAGUUGAAUUUGUUCGUGUUCUUCCAGAAACUCAAACGCCAAUUUUAUCAAAUAUAUUUUGUGAAUGUGAUACGAAAAAUGAUAUUACAAUAACUUGUGAUUGUGAAGCAACACCAGCACUUCAAUUGAAAGCAUUUCGUCAAAAAGGUGAUAAAGUUGAAAUAAGUCAUUAUCGUGUUAAUGUUAAUCGUUUUCGUGCACGUCUCAACAUACUUUGCAUCACUGAAAAACUUUUAUUGGAUGUCAAAUGUGAUGGUUGGCCAGAGGUAAAAGUAUCAUUGGCACAAGUUGGAACAAUAAAAAAGGAUCUAGAUGAAAGUCAACUUCAAGAAGUUGUCAUUGAAAUUGUAACUGGUGCAUUGAGAGGAACAAAUGUACAUUUUAAUUUAUCAAAGUAUCCAACUUGUCCAAGGCUAUGGCGAGAAUCAUCUCAUCAGUCUGGAUUUAAUUCAAUGCCAGUACAUUAUGAUGGCAUGACACAAGGAUCAAUUGGAGGAGGAGGAGGAGUACAACAACAACAGCAACAACAACAACAACACCAUAAUCAACAAUACAUGUCUGGUGAUCGUCGUUUACUCGUAAAAGUUGUUCGUGCAAAUGACCUUGGUGGCGAACAAGGUUGCAGUAUGCCAUUGUGUGUUGUUGAAUUGGAUGAACCACCUCAAAAACAUCAAACAGCUAUUAAAAAAGAAACAUCAAAUCCAGUCUGGGAUGAAGCAUUUCUAUUUGAUGUUACACACAAUACAAGUGAAGUAUUAAUUGAAAUUUAUGACAAUGCUAAUAAAAAUCAAAGAUUUUUGGGUCUUGGUAUUGUUGGUGUUGAAGAAUUAUUGGCUAAUCCAAGUCAACGACAAAUUAUACCACUUCAAGCAAGACCAUAUGAAGCUGAUGAAGUUACUGGCACUCUAACUGUUGAAUUUUUAUUUAUUGAGGGUGCUGAAGUACCACAAAUUGGAAAUAAACCAUUUAAAGUUAAAGAAACAAUAAAACCAAUGUCAUCACCAACACGUACAUACAGUCCAACAAAUCAACUCAGCAAUAAUAGUCUUAAUUAUAACAAUGGUAACAGCACACUUAUCUUGUACGACUCUUCUGUUCAAUCAACGGGGGGAUUGAAUCUUCUUCCAGAUUAUCUGACAAAUGGUUCGACAAUUGAUUCGCCUUAUAGAACUGGUCAAAUUAAUGGAAAUAAAGGAACUCUUAUUGUUCACAGUCAACAGAGGCAGAUUGAACGCCAAAUUCUUAAGGUAACAUUAUCAGAAGAUGGAAGCUGGCAAGAACUUUCACCCCAGCAUGCAAAUCAAGAUAGCAGCAUCAAUUCAGGACCAGAAAGCACGCCAAACUCAUCAAAUUCAGAAGAACGUGGAAGAACAAGAAGAAAACGACGUGAUUUUUUUGGAACAAUUAAAAAAAGACUAAGUAGAUCAAAAACAAGAAGUAGAUCAGCUGGACCAAAUGACGAUCCAAAUCAUGAAGAUGCAAAUUCACGAUCAAUAUCUGCUGAUCGAGCUGGUUCUGGCUUAUUGGUACCAGGACGUGAAGAACAAUCAAGAAGAUCAAGUCUGAGUGAAGCAUCCGCAAUAAGUGGUACAUCAACAAGAACUUACAUCAACGAGGCAUCAACAUUAGUUCUUGAAACAUUAGAAAAUGGCAUUAAAAAACAUUACCUGGUGCCAUUGUCGCUUGCACAAAAAAGUAAAUGGAGAAAAAAAGGAACAAAAUUACAUGUAUUUAAUGAUCAUACAUUUAUAGCGAAACACAUGACUGGUGGAACUGUUUGUGAAGUUUGCAAAAGAACUUUAGCAAGAAGACUUGGAAAACAAGGAUAUGAGUGUCGAGAUUGUUUAUUAAAAUGUCAUAAACAUUGUCAUGUUAAAGUUGACACAAUGUGUUCAACUUCAACCAUUCAAAGCAUUGAAUUGUCCUUACUGCCAGUACUGAAUGAAUAAAAAAAAAAAUAGAAUUUGCAUACGCACACCAAAACUUGAACGUAAAUUUUCAACUCGUCGAUGCUGAAUAAUAAAUAUAGGCAUAUAUUGUGAGAA